GCACUAUUCGGUCCUAGGCCUCAGCACUCACCUCAUUAUUUCCCUUGUAGGGGUUCGGUGUGCACCCAAAGCUUGAGUUGCUGUUCUCUGCUGAGAUGGGGCAGUUGUUAUGUUGCGCUAAUAACAUAGUGGACGAUGUGGAGGAAUCCAGAGAGGCCCUGCAUCACUGUCCUCCUGGCCAUUCUCGUCGAUCAUUGUGUCUCUACAACCUUGCCACCAGCCUUCACAACAGAUCCCAACAGCUGGGCGUCCUGUCUGACCUCGAUGAGGCCAUUGAGCUGUAUCGGGCUGCACUGCAGCUCUGUUCCCCCGAUCAUUCUUAUCGAUCACUAUUUCUCAACAACCUUGCCACCGACCUUCUUGCCACCGGCCUUCACGACAGAUUCGACCAUCGGGGCGUCCUGUCUGACCUCGAUGACACCAUUGAGCUUCAUCGGGGUGUACUGAAGCUCCGUCCCCCCGGUCAUUCUACUCGAUCCACGUCUCUCAACAGCCUUGCUCGCAGCCUUAGCACCAGAUUCGAGCAUCGGGGUGUCCAUUCUGACCUUGAUGAGGCCAUCGAACUUCAUCGGGCUGCACUGGAUCUCCGUCCCCCCGGUCAUUCUGCUCGAUCCACGUCUCUAAACAACCUUGCGGGCAGCCUUCAAACCAGAUUCAAACAGCGGGGCGUCCAGUCUGACCUUGAUGAAGCCAGCGAGCUUUUUCGGGCUGCGCUGGAGCUCCGUCCCCUCGGUCAUCCUGAUCGCUCCACGUCUCUGAGCAACCUUGCCAUGAGCCUUCAAACUAGAUUCGAGCAGCGGGGCGUUCAGUCUGACCUCGAUGAGGCCAUUGAGCUACAUCUGGCUGCCAUCCAGCUUUGUCCCCCCGGUCAUUCUGAUCGAUCACUGUCUCUCAACAACCUUGCCGUCAGUCUUCAAUCCAGAUUCGAGCAUCGGGGCGUUCGGUCUGACCUUGAUGAGGUCAUUGAGCUGAAUCGAACUGCACUGGAGCUCCGUCCCCCUGGUCAUUUUGAUCGAUCACUAUUUCUCAACAACCUUGCCACCAGCCUUCAAUCCAGAUUCGAGCAUUGGGGCGUCCUGUCUGACCUCGAUGAGGCCAUUGAGCUCGAUCGGGCUGCACUGGAGCUCUGCCCCCCUGGUCAUUCUGAUCGAGCACUAUCUCUCAAUAACCUUGCCAUCAGCCUUCAAUCCAGAUUCAAGCACCGGGGCGUUCGGUCUGACCUUGAUGAGGCCAUUAAGCUGUAUCGGGCUGCACUGGAGCUCUGUCCCACCGGUCAUUCUGAUCGAUAUCUGUCUCUCAACAAUCUUGCCACCAGCCUUCAAUCCAGAUUCGAACAUCUGGGUGUCCAGUCUAACCUUGAUGAGGCUAUUGAACUUAAGCGGGCUGCAUUGGAGCUCUGUCCCCCCGGCCAUUCCGAUCGAUCGGUGUCUCUCAACAACCUUGCCAUCAGCCUUCAAUCCAGAUUCGAGCAUCGGGGCGUUCGGUCUGACCUUGAUGAGGUCAUUGAGCUGAAUCGAGCUGCACUGGAGCUCCGUCCCCCUGGUCAUUCUUAUCGAUCACUGUCUCUCAACAAUCUUGCCACCAGCCUUCAAACCAGAUUCGAACACCAGCACGUCCAGUCUGACCUUGAUGAGGCAUUUCACCUGUAUUUGCAACUUUCCCACCCAUCACAUGCAGCCUCUCGUAUCGAUCUUAAUGCUGCCAAGUCAUGGGCAAUGUCCGCCGAGGAGCUGAACCAUGACUCUGCGUUGAUUGCCUAUCAAACCGGAUUGAAGUUCCUGGAUCAGCAUGUUGCUCUUUUGUCAUCUUCUUCACGCCAUUUCGAUGUCGUCAGGGAGGCCACUUCUUCCUUUGCCACGGAUGCUUUCUCUUGCAGUGUUCGUCAUGGUGCGUUGAUGACUGCUGUAGAACUAGUAGAGCAAGGUCGUGCAGUAUUCUGGACCCAGUUGGCACGCUUCCGCACUCCACUCGAUGAACUUUCCGGGGCAAGUGACACCGGCGCAACCUUGGCGGAAGAGUUCAAGCGACUGAGCUUCCGCAUUCGUAACGCAUUCGAUCAGUCUACUAAAGACCAGACCCCGGAAAUACGGCAACUGAGUAUGCAAUGGGAUGAUGUUGUCUCACGCAUCCGCAUGCUCCCUGACUUUUCUCGGUUUCUCCUGCCUCCAUUGUUUUCUGGCCUCCAGAAGGCAGCUGAAGAAGGUCCAAUCAUCAUCGUCAAUGCUAGUCGGUACAGCUGUGAUGCCUUGAUUAUAUUCAGCUCCCGAGAUCCCGUACACAUUCCAUUUGAUAUCACGCGGAUCGAAGUCUUCGAGUUGUCCUCUGAGUUUCAAUCCAUCGCAGAGCAAUUUGGAUCUUCUGAUCUUCAAGAUGCGCUUGUCAGCAUCCUCCGCAAGCUUUGGAAUGAUAUUGUUGACCCUGUGGUCCAAGCUCUCCAGGAGUCAAAUGUCCCCCCUGGCUCGCGUAUCUGGUGGUGUCCCACCGCUGAGUUCACGCUGCUUCCUCUACAUGCAGCAGGACCCUACGAGAAGAAGAGAGACAAUUUGUCUCACAUUUACAUCUCCUCUUAUACCCCAACUUUGGCGACUCUCAUUCGUGCGAGACAGCAGGUUCCUCGAGAUGCGUUCCCGCAACAUUUUGUUGCCAUUGGUCAAGCAAAACCGGAUAGAGGGAAGGAACUCCAGUGUGUCUAUCCCGAGCUAGACAUCGUCGCUCAACACGUCACGCCCGUCGCGUCCUUCACAUCGCUUGUGGAUGACCAUGCAACGGUACAGGGAUCAUUGGAUGUAUUGAACCGGAAUGAAUGGCUUCACCUGGCCUGUCACGGAAUGCCAAAUCGACGACGACCAUUUGAGUCUUCCUUUUCGAUGCGCGACGGGCCUUUAAUGAUCAAGGACAUCAUCCGAUCUCACUGGCAGAAUCCGGAGUUUGCAUUCUUAUCGGCCUGCCACACUACUGUAGGCGAUAGGGCGAGCCACGAUGAGUCAAUCCAUCUCGCUGCUGCAAUGCAAUUCUCCGGAUUUCGCAGUGUGAUUGGUUCUAUGUGGUCUGUCGAUGACAAGGUUGCACGGCAGAUCGUGUCUGCUUUUUACGGCAACCUUUUUGAUGCUUCAGGGAGAUUGGACUGCACACGGGCUGCGGUAGCAUUGCACAAGGCUAUGAAGAAAAUGCGACGCAACAAGAUUCCACUGGAGCAGCAGAUCGUGUUCAUUCACAUAGGUGUCUAGUAUGAGACCCAAUCGCCAUAUUAUCGCAUUUUUUGCAGGUAAUCUACACCCAGUCGGGAUCGUUCGACCGCUCUUUUUAAUGGUCCAGGUGACGCAUUCUGGGAAGUCGGACAGUAUUUACCUCCCGAACACAUGACAUCGCCGUUCUCGACUGCAUGUCAAGCUAAACGCUGCCAUCGUCGAAGCCAGUGCACCAUUGCUUCUAACAUUCAUGCAACUGGGUCUGACCGCCAAACCGCUCGCCUCAGUAGCAUGACCGGUACUAUAUUUCGUAUUCAUCAGCGCUUCAUGAAAUGAAUACAAUUCAAG